AUGGAGACAUCUACAUCACAAGGAACACAAGGAAGACCAGCCCGUAUGGAUGCCAAGGACUUUCCAGGAUCUACCACCCUUUCUCAUUUGUUCAUGUUUAUUGCCCUGGAUGUUCAACCAUUUGCCCUGGAUGCCCUCGACAUAACUGCCCGGAAUCGACCAUUAGAUGCUCAUGGCGAAUCCCACAUGGACUCUCUGGAUGCUGUUGUCUUGAUUUAUUUCGGUUUCCAUUCAAGAGCCCCAUUCCAAGGAACAACCGGAUUUUCUUUGCGUCAUACAGAACCUACCCAGGGGCAGUACAGUGGAUUAUCCUGGAACGGAAAAAGUGAGGGUUUACAGUACCCACGCCGUGAUUCUACUUCCCAAGGACCCAGCGGAUUUUCUGAUUCUUCUCUUUACAUACCGGUAGCUCAGAUGAUAAGUCAACGGUGGCCCACCGAUUUGACUACUGAUCUAGAGUCAGUGGAAAUGACUCGCUUCUCAUCCAAGGAAUCAUCAAGGACAGUUCAAUCAACAUCGACAUCUGAGUCUUUGCCAAUGGGAUACUAUCCCAAUGCCUCUCAGGCAUCAUAUCAAAUGUCUUCUGCAAGAUCAGAUGUUAAAGGUAGAUCAGCUAGCCCACCAAAUUCUGUUCUGUAUACCCCAACAGCACAAUUUGAUCUUCAAUCCACAUUCGGCACAUUCCAGUACCCAGGAGCAGAUGAAAUGGCGGGAAAUGAUUACCAAGUACCGGUCACCAGUGGAUUUCAGCAGCCACCCACUUUGUCAUUGACAACAGGAGGAUUUGAAAUGUUUCCCGGCAGUCAUGGAUUGCCAACAAGUAUGACAGCAGCUUCUAGCUCCAUUUCCAGUUAUGUUCACAGCGCACAAGAGUCUGUUUUCUUCGACAGUCCUAUAUUAGGAUCUCCAGACAUGUGGGAUGCUGCUUUACUUGAAUCUGCAAAACCACACACACCCGAAGCCGAUGAAUCAUGGACUCUUCCACCACAAAUGAUGUCUUCAAUAAACAGCCCACCGGAUUACUCCCCUACUGAAGGCCGAUCGCCAAGGUAUGUUCAAGGCCUUCCAGAUUUCAUGGAUUCACCUCCUUACAAGACCGGCGACAGGACCAUAAGGAAGCCAAUGGGACCAAGAGCUUCCAAAGUUGCUAGUGACACCAAUGCCAGACGUGUCCCAGGAACCGAGAUGCCAGAGGAGUCCUUCAAGUUGAUGGGACGUUCCAGUCUCGACGCUGAUAAUUCAGCUCGUGAUCAUCAUUUAUAUCAUAAUGUGACCACCAAAUCUGAUGGAUUAUACCACUGCCCAUGGGAAGGAACUUCCUCAUGCCAACACAAGCCAGAGAAGCUCAAGUGCAACUACGACAAAUUUGUCGACUCUCACUUGAAGCCAUACCGCUGCAAGAUCGCGGCAUGCGCGGACAACAAAUUUUCAUCCACGGCCUGUUUACUCCGUCAUGAGAGAGAAGCCCACGCCAUGCAUGGACAUGGAGAUAAGCCAUUCCUUUGCAAGUAUGACGGCUGCGAGCGCGGCGUCACUGGCAAUGGUUUCCCACGCCGCUGGAACCUUUAUGACCACAUGAAGCGUGUGCACAGUGAUCCAUGCACAUCCAGGAGUGCCGGUGGAUCCCCACCGCCUACAGAAAAGCCAGCCACUGGCUCCAAGAAGCGUAAGCAGGAUGCCAUUACGGAGCCAAGUACCUCGGACAAGGAAGCCGUCAAGAGAGUCAAGACACCCCCAGUUGUUAACCAACAACCUUCCUUGAUUGAGAUUUAUCACCAAAGUGAACAGCGACUCCAGGAGGCUGUGAAACAAUUGCAUGAUCCUAAGAGUGCAAACGGAAUGACCAAUUUGAGAAACGCGAGCGACUGCAUCAAAAUGAUGGCGCAGACUCUUCAAAAAAUCAACCAGGCAACUCCUGCCAUGAGCCGCACAUGGACUGAAUGA